AUGGAGUUUUACGAUUAUAUAAGCUGCUUUGACUCUUGUGGAGAAUAUGAUUCUUAUAGUGACAAUCAUGAUUUGAAGAAGAUUUGGAUAAUAUGAUGGCUGGUGGAGAUGUGGGAAGAUAAAAUUCUCAUGGUGGAGCUGGAGGAAGAAGCUGAGAUAGCAUUUAUCGAAAACUUGGGAAGAGAAAUAGGUGAUGAGUAG